AUGGACGUCGCCCAAGCAGUAUCAGGGUACAUCAAUAAGGUGGUUACGACGAGCGAUACGUCGUCUGCCAAGAUGAAAAUUCUCUUACUCGAUAGAGAAACAGUCUCUAUCGUCUCGACUGCGGUCACACAGUCUUCUCUUCUCAAUCAUGAGGUCUAUCUCAUCGACCGUCUGGACAAUGCUGCGCGUGAGAAGAUGCGACACCUACGAUGUCUAUCAUUCGUGCGGCCAUCGCCGGAAUCAAUCCAGCUACUCAUAGAUGAGCUUCGUGAUCCCAAAUAUGGCGAGUAUCACUUGUACUUCACAAAUGUGGUCAAGAAGUCGUCCUUGGAACGCUUGGCUGAGGCUGAUGACCACGAGGUGGUCAAACUGGUACAAGAGCACUUUGCUGAUUACAAUGUCAUCAACCCUGAUCUCUUUUCUUUCAGUUUUACCCUUCCGCAACAGAGAAUCUGGGCAGGGAGUCCUGAUACGUGGAAUCCCGACUCUUUACAGCGAUGCUCAGAGGGCUUGGUUGCUGUAUUACUCUCACUCAAGAAAAAGCCCCUCAUUAGAUAUCAGAAGACAAGCCCCCUAGCGAAGAAGCUCGCGUCAGAGGUCCGGUAUUUGAUGACCCAAGAGGAUUCACUGUUUGACUUCCGAAAAGUUGAUACUCCUCCCAUUCUGCUUGUAUUGGAUCGCCGGGAAGAUCCGGUGACGCCACUGCUCACACAAUGGACAUAUCAGGCCAUGGUUCACCAUCUCUUGGGUAUUCAGAAUGGGCGAGUCGAUCUAAGCGAUGUUCCAGAUAUUAGCCCAGAGCAAAAGGAGAUCGUUCUAUCACAGGACCAGGACCCAUUCUUCAAAAAGAACAUGUUUCUGAACUUUGGCGACCUUGGAGGCAACAUCAAGGAAUACGUUGGCCAAUUCCAGUCGAAAACCAAGAACAAUGAGAACAUCGAGUCAAUAUCGGAUAUGAAGCGAUUUAUUGAAGAAUAUCCGGAAUUCAGAAAGCUCUCCGGCAACGUCAGCAAACAUGUUACCCUGGUAUCAGAACUUAGCAGGCGUGUAGCUGCCGAUAACCUCCUAGAGGUUAGUGAGCUGGAACAAAGUCUGGCUUGCAACGACAACCACGGGACUGACGUAAAGAAUAUUCAGCGACUCAUUCAAUCACCGAACGUUACACCAGAAAGUAAGGUUGGCCUUGUGGCUUUGUAUGCUCUCCGCUAUCAUAAACAUCCUUCCAACACUUUGCCCAUGCUUCAGGACCUCCUCGUCGCUGCCGGAAACGUAUCUCCGCGAGAGGCGGAUUUGGUCAGCAAGGUGACAGCGUAUCACAACUCCCUUCAAGCGUCACAGUCUCAGGGCGGAAUUUCAGAAAUCUUCGAAUCGGCUGGCAUUUUCUCCGGUACUGGCAGCCGCUUCAAGGGCCUGAAGGGAGUAGAAAACGUCUAUACACAACACAGCCCAUUGUUGGAGACUACUCUACAGAACUUGAUCAAAGGGCGACUCAAGGAUCAGCAAUACCCCUUCGUCGAAGGUGGUGGCACGACCAAAGACAAACCUCAGGAUAUAAUCGUAUUCAUCGUCGGGGGUGCGACUUAUGAGGAAGCCAAGAUGAUUGCGGAAUUGAACGCGUCGAGUCCGGGCGUGAGAAUAGUUUUAGGAGGGACAACAAUUCACAACUCGGCGACAUUCUUGGAAGAGGUGGAUGAUGCUGUCAGUUCAUGGCCAGAGAGCCGUGGUAGGAGGUAG